AUGUACACUGCAGAACGAAGAUAUAAUUCUACUGUAAACUGGGUAUGCAGUAAAAAUAGUUGCCAUAUACUGCGCUGUCCGGCGCGUUGUGUGACCGCUGGACAGAAUAGCAUUAAAUUAAGUCGUAGAUCUCAUAAUCAUUCGCCAACUCGUUGAAGAAAGUGUUUUGACUUCUAAUUAUCUAAAUAUAUUGUUCCUUUCCAGUAAA